AUUUUCCUCGAGGAGCGAGCCUCGUUCCCGCUAAUAUCCAUCAAUCCUGAAGCUUCUCCCUGUGCAACCCAGGAAUUUUUCCAGAAGGUCGUGGAAGUGGGCAGACAGCUGAGUUUUUAAUCUCGCGUCUUCAUAGGCCGGCUCCAUUCUCAUCUUCCAUGGCUCUCAAUCCUAAUCUAUUUCAAAAUGGGAUGCCCGUUCCCUUCACCAACGAGCUUUUUGUAUUGGCUAGAGAUGGCGUAGAAUUUGUGAUUGAUAAGAUCCCCGGGGCUAAUACUGAUCGUGUUAAAGCAAAAGGGACUAUUUACUUGUCAAAUGUACGCAUGGUCUUUGUGUCAAGUAAACCAGAUCCAUGGUUUACUGCAUUUGACAUGCCUUUGCUCUUUGUUCAUGAUGAAAAAUUUAACCAGCCAAUAUUUUUCUGCAACAAUAUCUCUGGAUUAGUCGAACCUGUGGUGCCUGAUGACCAGCACAGAGCUCUCUAUUCGACACACUCGUUUAAGAUUUUGUUCAAGGAAGGGGGAUGUGGUACCUUUGUACCACUCUUCUUCAACCUGCUGUCUUCAGUGAGGCAAUACAAUCAAUACACAAAUGCAGGUCCUCGAGUCGAUCCAUUGCAGGCAGCACAAACUCCUGUCGAUGAAAUGAUGAGACAUGCAUAUGUGGAUCCACACGAUCCGACCAAAAUCUUCUUACAGCAGCCAUCGACAGAGUCCCAGUUAAGGCGGCGCACCUACCAGUCCCAACCAGCUGAAAAUGCAAUGUGAAGUUAGUUGACCGACCUCAUGCAAAUAGUUUUGUUGGUUGGUUGGUACUUUGUUAUCAUAUAAGUAAUAAGUGAGGGAGUUGACGAUGGAACGAGUGAAUACUUGUACAGUUGAAGGAUGGACCGUUGAAUUUAAAGUUACGGUUAGACCCAAUUGUUAUCUACUUAAGCUUCUACUUAACUCUUCCUGUCUGUUAUAUUGCCUGUGGCCGGAUGAAAGGAUUUACAUAAAGAAUUUGUUCAACUUAAAUA